CGUCGGCGCGUCCACACAAACCCUCCUCAUCUUCCUCGUCCUCCUCCUCAUCAUCAUCAUCCAGACGUCGGCGCUCCAGGAGCAGAAGAAGAAGAAGAAGAAGAGUCUCCUCUGCGCACCUGCAGCCUGUUUUUCAUUCUUUUGUCGUGGAAAAAAAAGCAGUCAUAUUCUGCGUGUUUUGGUGUCACUCAGCAGUCCGUCACCACGCCGCGGGGAGCAUGGAGACAGUCCGAGUCCACGCACUCUUCUCCCGGCUUCUUCUCCUCGGCGUCGCGGUUGUACCAGUGGAACCUUUGGUCCGCGGCUUCAGGAAACUCCCAGAAGAUGUGGACUGGUCAUACACAGGUGCCCUGAACCAGCGCAACUGGGGUAAGAAGUACCCGUCCUGUAACAGUGCCAAGCAGUCCCCCGUGGACAUUGACGAGACCUUCUCUCAGGUGCGGCUGCAGUACCAGAACCUACAGCUAGAGGGCUGGGACAGACUUACGGCAGAGUCCACCACCAUCCACAAUAACGGGAAAACAGUGGCCAUCGCAGUGGACGGAAACUUCUUUGUCAGCGGAGGAGGGCUGAGCUCCAGGUUCCGUGUGGAUACCAUCACCUUCCACUGGGGGCGCUGCAACACCACCCAGGAAGGGUCCGAGCACAGCUUGAACGGGAUGAAAUAUCCACUUGAGAUGCAAAUCUACGGCUACGAUCCGGAGGAUGCCCGAAGUUUGGACGAAGCCGUCAGGGAGUCGGGGAGGAUGGCUGCGUUAGCGAUCUUGUUCCAGAUCAGCUUGGAAGACAAUGACAACCUCAACCCGCUCGUAGAUGCCAUCAACACCGUGAGUCGAUUUGGUAAGAGUGGCUCAGUAGAGGCCUUCAGCUUGCAGUCCUUGUUGCCCAACAACACGGACAAGUACUACAUCUACAACGGAUCACUUACGUCUCCACCCUGCUGGGAGACGGUGGAGUGGCUGGUCUUCAAGCAACCUGUGGACAUCUCCCAAAGUCAGCUGGAGGUGUUCUGCGAGGUGAUGACCAUGGAGCAGGCGGGCUACGUGAUGCUGACCGACUACCUGCAGAACAACUUCAGGGAGCAGCAGCAGUUCAUGGGGCAGGUCUUUGCCUCCUUCACGGGAGUGGAGGACGUGCCCACGCCCACCUGCAGCUCGCCGCCGGAAAAUGUCCAAGCCGACGCCCAGAACGAGACCACCAUCGUGGUGACGUGGGAGCGGCCCCGCUUCGUCUACGACACCACCAUCGACUGGUACACCGUCACCUACGAAAGGCUGCAGGGCCCGGACCAGAGGAAGCAGGAGUGCAGAACCGACGGGGACCAGGACGUGGGAGCCAUCAUCCCCGGCCUGCUGUCCAACAGCAGCUACGUGGUCCAGGUCAUCGCUGUUUGCACCAACGGCCUGAGAGGAAGAUGGAGCGACCAGAUCAUCGUGGACAUGCCGCUAGAGGAGCCUGAUGCCGAUUCAUUCCCCGAUGUUUCCAAAGGCAGCAAAGAGGCGUCACGAAACGACAGAUGGCAGAAGCCGGAGUCUCCCAAACCUGUGGGUCUGACCCCGGAUCACAGUCCAGUGGAGGAGGUCCCGGCAGAGCAGACCAGAGUUUACCAGAACCAACCCACCCAGGAGCCCUCGCCCUCGCCCUCGGCCCCCGUGGUCACGCCAUCCACACCUGAGUGGUGGGUCCAGAACGGCCUGGGUGUCCGAAGGAGCGGGAGCGGGAGCAAGAAGCAGAGCAGGACACAAAGGAUAUUUCCUCACGGAGGUGUGGAUGGCAACGGUGCCAUCUGGGUGAGCGCGAUGACGGAGCGGCCGGGCUUCCUGUUUCCUGUCUCUCAGCCCCACACGCCGCCCUCAGGACGCCGGCACAUCACAGAGGAGGCAUCUCUCACGCUUCAGUCUGGAGAGACCAUCCCAGCACGCCCCACUCAGGGGGAAAGUGACCUCCCCUCGCCGCUGGCAGACAACAUCUCCUCCGCCCAGGACCAGGUCACGGACGUCUUCUAUGAAGACUCUUCUCCACACAGCACCACCUGGUCUCCUCCACACAGCACCACCUGGUCUCCUCCACACAGCACCACCUGGUCCUCAGCCAGGUCCACUGUUGCUGCGCCAGGCGGUGUGCUGGCCGAGGAGACAAAGAGGUCGCCUGUAAACAAACCUCCAGAAAGCAGCACCUCAGCCUCCUUCUGGAUCACAGCCAGGGCGGCGAGCGCCAGCAACACCCUGGCCGACACGGUCUACAAGUCCUUCACCUCGUCCUCGCUGCUCCGAGUGCUGGCACAGACCACCCAGCCCAUGUUUAAUGAGGGGAGGAACAGCAGCCACGAGUCUCACGUGGGCCUGGUGGCCAGCGUGGAGAGGGAGAGGAGGACCAUCAUUCCUCUGGCUGUGGUCUCCACCCUCACCAUUCUCUGUCUGCUGGUGCUGGUGGGAAUACUCGUCUACUGGAGGAAGUGUUCCCAGACAGCCAACUUCUACGUGGAGGAGGGUGUGUCCCCUAAGGUGGUGUCAGCUCCGUCCACACCACUGCUGCUGGCCACAGACGGUCAGGAGGCGCUGACGGUGAAGCAGUUUGUGAAGAGCGCCAUGGAGCUGCACGCCAACAACGCCUUCUCCAAGGAGUUUGAGAUUGUCCAAGAAUCCUACCAGGAGGUGCAGGCGUGCACGGUGGACAUGGGCAUCAGCGCUGACAGCUCCAGUCAAGCAGAGAACAAAGCCAAGAACCGAUAUGUCAACAUCCUGGCCUACGACCACAGUCGCGUGAAGCUCUCCAGCAGUUUGGACCGAGACGGGACCUGCGGCGACUACAUCAACGCCAACUUUGUUGACGGCUACGAGCGCACCGGGGCCUACAUCGCGGCGCAGGGUCCGCUGCGAGCGGGCCGGGAGGACUUCUGGAGGAUGAUCUGGCAGCAGAACGUGGGCGUGGUGGUCAUGAUCACCAACUUAAAGGAGAAGGGGCGGACCAAGUGUGACCGCUACUGGCCUGAGGAGGGUCAGGACGACUACGGACCGUACCAGGUGACUCUGAGGAGCACCAGGACCCUGGCUUACUACACCGUGCGGACCUUCCUUGUCAGGGACAGUACCGCCAAUAAGGCGUGUGGGAGGAGCUUGGAGCACACAGUCCAGCAGUACCACUACACCCAGUGGCCGGACAUGGGCGUCCCAGAGUACACGCUGCCGGUCCUCUCCUUCAUCCGGAUGUCGUCUCGGGCUCGAACGCAAGAGAUGGGACCUGUCCUGGUGCACUGCAGUGCCGGGGUGGGACGCACAGGAACAUACAUCGUGAUCGACAGCAUGCUGCAGCAGAUCCAGGACCAGGGGACCGUCAAUGUCCUCGGCUUCCUGAAACAUGUGCGGACACAGAGGAACUUCCUGGUUCAGACUGAGGAGCAGUACGUCUUCAUCCACGACGUCUUGGUGGAGGCCAUCUUGAGUCGCAACACCUGCGUGGCCGCCGACCUCCUCCACGCCUACGUGUCCGACCUCCUGACGCCCGGCGUGUCGGGCAGGACGCGCAUGGACAAGCAGUUCAAGCUGAUCAGCCAACGCCAGGCCAAGCACGCCGACUACAGCACGGCCCUGCGAGACGGCAACGCCAUGAGGAACCGGGCCAGAGCGCUGAUGCCAGUGGAGAGAUCCCGAGUGUGUCUCACGGCCACAGAAAGCAACUCCUCAGGCUACAUCAACGCCUCCUACGUGCUGGGCCAGCGCCACAGCAGGGAGUUCAUCGUGGGUCAGACGCCACUCAGCGGCACCGUGGAGGACUUUUGGCGAAUGGUCUGGGAACACAACACGCACACGGUGGUCCACCUGCCCGACUCCCAGCAGCAGACGAGCGAGGACGGCGACCCGUGUCUCUACUGGCCCUCCAAAGACCAGAUCAUGAACUUUGAGGGAUUCACGGUGGUGUAUUCUGGGGAGAAGAUGGUGUGUCUGUCCAAUGAUGACAAAGUUCUGCUGCAGGACUUCACCUUGGAAUCCACGCAGAACAAUCUGAGCCUGGAGGUCCAACUUUACAUCGCGUCCUGCUGGCCCGACCCCGACGCUCCCAUUCGGAACUGUUUCCAGCUCAUCAACACGGUCAUGGAGCGCGGGCAUCGAGCACGCGGCCCGAUGGUGGUGCACGACCCUCUGGGAGGCGUCACGUCCGGACUCUUCUGCGCCCUCACCACCUUGUCCAACCAGCUGCAGGAGGAGGGGCAAGUGGACGUCUACCAGGUGGCCCGCAUGACCAACCUCAUGAGACCGGGGGUCUUCAACGAUAUCGAGCAGUACCAGUACCUGUACCGCGCCGUGCUCAGUCUGGUCAGCUGCCAGGAGGACCAGCGGGCCCUGCACAGUCUCGAGACCAACGGCUCCGUGCUGCUGGGGAACACCAACGUCGCCGAAAGCCUCGAGUCGCUUAUGUAGACGCCGCACGCACACACACACACACACACAUGCGCGCGAACACAAACACACACACAACCGAGAGUUGUGAGUACUUGUGUUUGCAUUGCACUUUAAAGCAGGGAUGUUCAACUAAAUUGUGUUGUUAAAUGUGUCAUUAACUCAUUAAAACUGGCAUUAAAUACAACAAUAUGUAAAAAAAAGUAGAUUUGAUUAUUUAAUGCAAUAUAUAAUAGUUAUAUAUACAUAUAUUUGAUAAGCAAUUAUUUUGAUUACAAAAAGUCAAGGGACGAUUAAAAAAUGGGACAAAAUUCAACAAAUGAAUACAUUUUUGAAGAAUCAAAUAUGUCAAGUCAUAAUUACAUUUAAAUACAGAAAUGUAUUUGAUAUAAAAGUAAUGCAAUAUGUGAUACAUCUAUAUAUGUGUGUGUCUAUAUAUAUAUAUAUAUUAGGGCUGGGCAACGAUUAAAAAUUUUAAUCGAAGUUAAUCGCACUAUUUCUCCGUUUAAUCGCGAUUAACUGCAUUGUAUACGUAAAGCCCAAUGAUUAAUUCAAAAGUAGUGUGUAGUGCACCUUUAUUGGAAUAUUCUCCCAUUUACAAACAUUUAAGCUUAUUGCCACUGCCAGGGUAUUUAAGUUAUCCUGUUUGUUAUGGAAAAUAAAUAUAAUCUACAUACAAAUCUCUGAGCCACAAUCAUAACAUCUGAACAGGCAAUUUCUGAGGUAACAGCAGAAACAUUUUUUUUUUUAUCAGGGAUCUUAUGUUUAAAAAACCUAUAUUAUAGGUAGUGGGCUGUUUUAGGGAAUUUUUGAUCAAAUUAUCCGUAGUAGCAAUAUUAAUAAUGUUGUGUUUAUUGUGCGUAGUGCACUUAAAAUAAUUAUGACCAUAUCUAGGAAUUGAUAUGAUGGGAAUUUUCCGAUUGUUUGCUUGGUGCUUUGAUAAACUGAACGCAUAUACAUGGUACUAUAUUGUGAUGUUAUGAGCCAGGGAAUAAAAGAACUACCCUACCCAGCAUGCAACAGGAGUGACGAGCAUGCGCGGUAGCCCGGUAUAGGUUGUGUCGCCAUGACGGCAUCUUGUAUGUUGUGAUAUGCACGCUCUGAAAGCAAACUUUAAGAACUCAGCCAACACUCCUGGUCUGCAUUAUUCAUAAAUAGACAGACAACACAUAUACUCCGCUGCUUCACAGGCCGCUGGAUGUAGCCGGCAAAGUAUUCCCAUGCUAGCUAGCCGGUCUAGUAAGCACGCCUCAUUCAGUCCAAAACGGCCCGAUCUAUCCACAUUCAUAAUUGUCUGGCGGUCGUAAGUGAUCCCGGAGUGACCACGCUGUAAGCCAGCCAUGAAAUUUGCAGAAUUGUCCGGUAUUUUUGCCAAAUGUUCCAUCUUUAGCAAGAGUCCCUCGACGCCAUCUUGUUAAGAAAAGGCGUUAACAAAAUAAAAGCAUGUAAACAACAUACGCAAAUGUGCGAUAAAAUAAUUGUCGGCGUUAAUAGAUUGAUGAGUUAACUCAUAAUUAACGCAUUAAUUUGCCCACCCCUAAUAUAUAAUAUAUAUAUAAUAUGUAUAUAUAUACAUACAGUAUGUAUCAUAUGUGAAAUGUAUUUGAUGUAAA